ACUCGAGAGUGACGUGCACCCGGCGAGGAAGGAAAAUCGAGGUUCGGCUCGGGCGGGGACGAGAAGCAGCUCUCUGGCGAGCGAGGAAGGCGGCCGGCGCGGGCGGGCGCGGCCUUUGUCUCCUCCUCCCGCGCGCUCGGCGGCGACACCGGCCCCAUGAGCCCGUGGCCCCCUGGCGCCCGGGCCGUCCGUAGCCCCUGACCUGACCUAUCCUCGCCAUGGCCGAGGCCGCCUCCGGCGCCGGGAGCACGUCCCUGGAGGGCGAGCGUGGCAAGAGGCCGCCGCCGGAGGGCGAGCCUGCAGCCCCGGCGUCCGGAGUUCUGGAUAAGCUUUUCGGGAAGCGGCUCCUGCAGGCGGGUCGCUACCUGGUGUCCCACAAGGCGUGGAUGAAGACGGUGCCUACAGAGAACUGCGACGUGCUGAUGACCUUCCCAGACACAACCGAUGACCACACGCUGCUAUGGCUGCUGAACCACAUCCGCGUGGGCAUCCCCGAGCUCAUCGUGCAAGUCCGCCACCACCGCCACACGCGUGCCUACGCCUUCUUUGUCACCGCCACGUAUGAGAGCCUACUCCGAGGGGCCGACGAGCUGGGUCUGCGCAAGGCAGUAAAGGCCGAAUUUGGCGGGGGCACCCGCGGCUUCUCCUGCGAGGAGGACUUUAUUUAUGAGAAUGUGGAGAGCGAGCUGCGCUUCUUCACCUCCCAGGAACGCCAGAGCAUCAUCCGCUUCUGGCUGCAGAAUUUGCGUGCCAAACAGGGAGAGGCGCUCCACAACGUGCGCUUCCUGGAGGACCAGCCAAUCAUCCCCGAGCUGGCGGCCCGUGGAAUCAUUCAGCAGGUGUUCCCUGUCCACGAGCAGCGUAUUCUGAACCGCCUCAUGAAGUCAUGGGUGCAGGCCGUGUGUGAAAACCAGCCUCUAGAUGACAUCUGUGAUUACUUUGGUGUGAAGAUUGCUAUGUACUUCGCCUGGCUGGGCUUCUACACAUCAGCUAUGGUAUAUCCAGCUGUCUUCGGGUCUGUCCUGUACACAUUCACAGAGGUUGAUCAGACAAGCCGGGAUGUUUCCUGCGUGGUCUUUGCUCUCUUCAAUGUGAUCUGGUCAACACUUUUCCUAGAGGAAUGGAAGCGGAGAGGGGCUGAGCUGGCAUACAAGUGGGGGACGCUGGACUCACCUGGAGAAGCCGUGGAGGAGCCACGCCCCCAGUUCAGGGGUGUGCGCCGCAUCAGCCCCGUCACACGAGCGGAGGAGUUCUACUACCCGCCUUGGAAGCGGCUGCUCUUCCAGCUGCUCGUCAGCCUCCCCCUAUGCCUGGCAUGCCUCGUCUGUGUCUUCUUGCUCAUGCUUGGCUGCUUCCAGCUGCAGGAGCUGGUGCUGAGCGUAAAGGGUUUGCCCCGUCUCGCCCGAUUCCUGCCUAAGGUCAUGCUGGCCCUGCUUGUCAGUGUGAGUGCCGAGGGCUACAAGAAGCUCGCCAUCUGGCUCAACGACAUGGAAAAUUACCGGCUGGAGAGUGCCUAUGAGAAGCACCUCAUCAUCAAAGUUGUCCUGUUCCAGUUUGUCAACUCGUACCUGAGCCUCUUCUACAUCGGUUUCUACCUCAAGGACAUGGAGCGCUUGAAAGAGCUCCUGCUCGUCCUGUCCCUGUCCCAGAGCCUCGAGCGGCAGCUGCGGGCGGUGCUGGUCCCGCUCGCGGCCCUGCGGUUCCGCCUGCUCCUCCUCUCCCUCCGGGGCCUCCUGCUCGCGGCCCGGGCCAAAAUGCUGGCCACACUGCUGAUCACCCGCCAGUUCCUCCAGAACGUGCGUGAGGUCCUGCAGCCGCACCUGUACCGCCGUCUGGGCCGCGGCGAGCUGGGCCUGCGGGCCGUCUGGGAGCUGGCCCGAGCCCUGCUUGGCCUCCUGAGCCUCCGGCGCCCUGCGCCCCGCCGCCUAGAACCCCAGGCCGAUGAGAGCGGGGGCGGCGCGGGGGGCCGCAGGUGCCUCAGCGGGGGCUGCGGGGCGCCGGAGGAAGAGGAGGAGGAGGAGGUGGCGCCGGUGGAGCGGCGGCGGGCGGGGGAAGGUGGGGAGGAGGGGGACGGGCCUCCCGGGGGCAAGGAGGAGGACGAGGAAGACGACAAUGAGGAGGAGGAAGAGGAGGACGAGGAGGAUGAGGAGGAGGGCGAGGAAGGGGGCCUCCUGGACUGCGGGCUGCGGCUGAAGAAGGUCAGCUUCGCUGAGCGCGGGGCGGGGCGGCGUCGGCCCGGCCCAAGCCCGGAGGCCCUCCUGGAGGAGGGGAGCCCCACCAUGGUGGAGAAGGGGCUGGAGCCGGGCGUGUUCACCCUGGCCGAGGAGGACGACGAGGCAGAGGGGGCUCCCAGCAGCCCUGAACGGGAGCCCCCAGCCAUCCUGCUCCGCCGGGCCGGGGGCGAAGGCCGAGACCAGGGGCCCGAUGGGGGCCCGGACCCGGAGCCCGGCUCCAACAGCGACCCGACACGAAGGCAGAAGCGGCAGAACCGGUCGUCUUGGAUUGAUCCACCCGAAGAGGAACACUCUCCUCAGCUCACCCAGGCGGAGCUGGAGAGCUGUAUGAAGAAGUACGAGGACACGUUCCAGGACUACCAGGAGAUGUUUGUGCAGUUCGGCUACGUCGUGCUCUUCUCGUCCGCCUUCCCCCUGGCAGCACUGUGCGCCCUGGUCAACAACCUCAUUGAGAUCCGCAGCGACGCCUUCAAGCUGUGCACCGGGCUGCAGCGGCCCUUUGGCCAGCGCGUGGAGAGCAUCGGCCAGUGGCAGAAGGUGAUGGAGGCUAUGGGUGUCCUAGCGAUUGUGGUCAACUGCUACCUAAUCGGCCAGUGCGGGCAGCUGCAGCGCCUCUUCCCCUGGCUGAGCCCGGAGGCAGCCAUCGUAUCCGUGGUGGUGCUCGAGCACUUUGCUCUGCUCCUCAAGUACCUCAUCCACGUGGCCAUCCCAGACAUCCCGGGCUGGGUGGCCGAGGAAAUGGCCAAGCUGGAGUACCAGCGCCGCGAGGCCUUUAAGAGACACGAACGUCAGGCCCAGCACCGAUACCAGCAGCAGCAGCGCAGGCGUCGGGAGGAGGAGGAGCGACAGCGCCACGCGGAGCACCACGCCCGGCGAGAGCAUGAUGUUGGUGGCCGGGAGGAGGCGAGGGCCGAGGGCUCCGGGCUGGACCCCGCCACCUCCUCUGAGAAGGCCUCUGCCAAGACCAAGGGCAGCACUGCAGGUGGCCACGGGCCUGAACGGCCCAAGCGCCCAGGCUCCCUGCUAGCGCCCAACAACGUCAUGAAGUUGAAGCAGAUCAUCCCACUGCAGGGCAAGUUCCUCUCGUCGGGGGCCACAUCCUCACUGGCCGCUGCAGGGGCCGGGGCCACCGCCCGGCCUCCCCCUGCCCAGUCGCCCACGGGCAGCGACACCCGCCUGCCUGCCUUCCUCAGCUUCAAGUUCCUCAAGUCACCCGAGACCCGGCGGGACUCAGAGCGCAGCCACUCGCCGCCCAAAGCCUUCCACGCCAGCAAGCUCUUCCCCUUUGGUGGCACCCGGGCCGAGCCUGGGUCCAACGGGGCGGGCGGGCAGGCCCGGACGGACGGGACCCCCAGCAGUGGCAGCAGCCGGGUUCAGAGGAGUGGGCCGGUGGACGAGGCCAUGGCUGAGGAGCUGGAAGCCCCCCGGCCCGAAGAGGAAGGCUCAGGGACAGCGCUGGCCCCCGUGGGCGCCCCUGCCCUCCGUACCCGCCGCAGCCGGAGCCCCGCGCCGCCGCCGCCAAUGCCGCUGCCCCGGCCUCCGACGCCGCCCGCCGGCUGCUGGCAGUGGGACGGGCCCUGGGGCUGCGGGGGCGAGGGCGCCGCCCCCCGCCAGGCCCUGGCCGCCGCCGAGUGCCCGCCCUGUGCCAUGGCCGGGCCCCCAGCCGCCCCCCAGCCCCUGCCGGGGGACGCCAGCUUUUACAGCCUCCUGCCCCCACCGCUGCCGCCCACCUCGGAGCCCCCCGAGACCCCGGCGCCCUCACCCAGCCCCAGCCCCAGUCCCCAGGCCGUGUGCUGGCCCAGCGGCUGGCAUUAGCUCUGCCCGCCCUGCCUUCUCUUCUCAUAUGCAAUAUCAGUCAUUCACAGGGGCAGCCGGCCCCCAAAAUGCAAGAUGCGCUUGCUUCAGCCCCCACGGCCCCAGUAUUGGCCGGCGCCCCCCAUCUGCCGUUUUCCUUUCAACCAGGAUGAGGGAAUUGAAAGGAAACCCACAAAACCAACAGAAAACACAAACACACACACACGCACACACACAGAACAGGCGAUUAUUUAUUUGUUUUUAAUUUAUUUUGUCAUAUUUUUGUAAAACGGCAGAAAUGCAAUAAAAAGUAUAUUUCAACAGUG